CUGGCGUUCCAUGCUCAGAAGACCCAAGGACCAGAAGGCAUUUCCAACUCUCAAGUCCUCUGAAGCCAAGUUCUCCAACUCCUAUCCAGGCAGAUUGAAGAUGUGUUCAAACAUGGGUGAUCGGUCAACCAAGGACAUCACACAGCUCUGCCCGGGGCAAACCAUUACUGUCUGUGGGACGAUCUCGCCAUGCGCUGACCGUUUCAGAAUUGAUCUUCUGAGCUGCAGUGGUGACAUUGUCUUCCACUUCAAUCCACGAUUUAAUCCAUGCCAGUCACCAUGCAUUGUAUGCAACACAGAAACAUGUGGUUGUUGGGGAUGUGAAGAAGUGACCUCAUGUGUACCCUUCCAACCAGGUUGCUAUGUUGUGAUUACUAUCAAGGUUGAGCAGACACGCUAUGAGGUAUCUGCCUGUGGCCAGCAUAUCUUGAAUUACUGCCACCGUCUUCCUCCUUGUACUGUAAGGAGGGUAUCCGUCUCAGGAGACUUUGCCGUAUGUGGGAUACAGAUAUGCGGAUGAAUCCUGGCAAUCUGAAGAAGCCCCAGAGAUGUAAGAAGCUCAGAGCAUUUCCCUCUUUCGGGACCGAAAGGAAAUAACUGGAGCUAUUUUAACAACUGCUUGAAAGUUAGGGGCUAAUGUAGUGCUUGAUACAGGGCUAACUGUGGCUAAUCUUGCAUGACUAAAAUUGCAUCUGAAAUUUUAAUCCAGAUAGUUUUGCCUUGCACUUUUUAUUUCAUCACUGCCUUGCUUUGUAUUAGAAAUUCAUUUAUCUUCUUCUGAUUUUUUUUAAAUAUUUCAUGGGUUUCUUUUAUAUUUAAUGGAUCUGAUUCCCUGUUUGCUGUGAUUUUAAAUAAUCUUCAAAUAAAUUGCACCUAUGAAUAAA